UCUCCCCUUCCAAGCGCCUCCACGCGACCCGGAAGUUGUACUUGUGACGCUGCUUUCCCUCUCCCACAAUACCUCGCGCUCUUCCUUUCCAACCAGAGCCCGGCGGAAUGGCUCCCGCGAAGAAGGGUGGCGAGAAGAAGAAGGGCCGUUCUGCCAUCAACGAGGUAGUGACCAGAGAAUACACCAUCAACAUUCACAAGCGCAUCCAUGGAGUGGGUUUCAAGAAGCGUGCCCCUCGGGCACUCAAAGAGAUCCGAAAAUUUGCCAUGAAGGAGAUGGGAACUCCAGAUGUGCGCAUUGACACCAGGCUCAACAAAGCUGUCUGGGCCAAAGGAAUAAGGAAUGUUCCAUACCGUAUCCGUGUGCGGUUGUCCAGAAAACGUAACGAGGAUGAAGAUUCACCAAACAAGCUCUACACACUGGUUACCUAUGUACCUGUCACCACUUUCAAAAAUCUGCAGACAGUUAAUGUGGAUGAGAACUAAUCGCUGAUUGUCAAAUAAAGGUAUAAAACUGC